AUGAUUUACGUGAGUGGAGGUGGACUAGCUGAAUAUUUAGUGGCUAAGAAGAGCUUGUCAGUUGCAAGACCACUUGAAGUUUCAGCAGCUGAAGGUGCAGGCUUACCUGUUGCUGGGCUCACAGCUCACCAGGCUCUCACUCAAUAUGCUGGGGUCAAGCUUGAUGGAAGUGGCAACCGGAAAAAUAUUCUGAUCAAUGCUGCCUCAGGUGCCGUGGGUCAGUAUGCAGUUCAGCUAGCAAAGCUCGAAAACACUUAUGUGACUGCCACUUGUGGGCCUCGUAACAUUGAAUUUGUGAAGGACUUAGGGGCUGAUAAGGUUCUGGAUUACAAAACCCCAGAAGGAGCAACUCUGAAGAGCCCAUCUGGUAAGAAAUAUUAUGCUAAACUUACUUUCUCCAAGAAGCAGCUGGCGCCGCUGUUUAUGAAUCCCAACGGUGAGAACCUGAAUUAUCUUGUUAAUAUGCUGAAGGAAGGGACGCUUAAAACAGUGAUCGACUCAAAGCAUCCAUUAAGCAAGUCUGAAGAUGCUUGGGCUAAGGGUAUCGAUGGCCAUGCCACUGGGAAGAUCAUUGUGGAGCCGUGA